AGGUAUCAGACACCACACCGCAAGUCACUGAACACAGAUGCUCAGCAAAGGCAUACUGGUGAAGGGACGCUGACUGUCUGGAAAGGUUGGCAUUGCCAGCUCGAGCGGAUUUGGAAAGCAGGCGAGGACUGCGCCUUGAGCCUCAGCGCUUCGCUAAGCACAACGAAUCACCUCUACUAUUCCCUCAAAGACGACACACGGACUUGGCCCCAGGACACAUUUCUCUCUGGUGUGAAAUGUCAAGAAGAGAAAGCCCAAUCAUAAACGCUGGUGAUCACAAGGAUUGUUGAAAACCCGAGGAUUGUUUAAAGCUAAGGACCUUUAUUUCUCAAAAAUAAAGGCAUGUGCGGAAAGUGAAUAGGGGCAUCAGAAGCACCAUUUUUACUGUAGCCUAGGCGAACGGCAAUUAUUUUAAUAUUUUACUGGACUGUGGUGUUGCUCCUCUCAGCGUCUAAAACGAUUUCAGUAAGCAGACUUUUAGAAAAAAAACGGGCCCUUUAGAAAUGGAGGUUGCGUCCGAUCAGUCUCGGUGGAUGGCCCAUCAUCAUGCGGUACUCAAUGGUCAGCACCCAGACUCCCAUCACCACGGGCUUACACACAACUACAUGGAGCCCAUGGCGCCUCUUCUGCCACCGGACGAGGUGGAUGUGUUCUUGAACCACUUGGAUUCGCAGGGUAAUCCCUACUACCCCAACUCACGAGCCAGGGUCUCCUACGGACAAGCGCACGCUCGUCUCACGGGAGGUCAGGUCUGCCGACCACACCUCAUACACAGCCCCGGUAUUCCCUGGCUGGACAGCGGAAAAGCAGCGCUCUCUGCCGCCCACCAUAACGCCUGGGCGGUGAGUCACUUCAGCAAGCCCGGCCUGCACCCCGCCAGCGCCGGUUACCCGUGCAGCAGCAGUUCCAACACGGCUCCCGUCUCUUCUCUUACAUCUGCGACCCACUCAAGUCCGCAUCCCCUCUACAAUUUCCCCCCAACCCCACCGAAAGACGUCUCCCCGGAUCCCGGUCCCUCUUCCCCGACCUCCAUCACGGCAAGAAUGGACGAGAAAGAGUCCAUUAAGUACCAACUGUCUAUCGCUGAUGGUAUGAAAAUGGAGGGAUGUAGUCCCCUUCGGGGCAGCCUGGCAAUGAGCGCCCAGACACAGUCCACGCAUCAUCCCAUCCCUACCUACCCGACAUACUCUCUGCCCACGCCACACGACUACGGCAGCGGUCUGUUUCACCCGGGAACUCUCCUCAGUGGAUCGGCGUCCAGUUUCACACCCAAAUGCAAAAGCAAGACACGAUCGUGCUCAGAAUUCUGCACAGAGGGGCGCGAGUGCGUGAACUGCGGAGCCACCUCCACCCCGCUGUGGCGGCGGGACGGGACGGGCCACUACCUCUGCAACGCGUGCGGCCUGUACCACAAGAUGAACGGGCAGAACAGACCCCUCAUCAAGCCCAAGCGCAGACUGUCUGCUGCGAGACGGGCCGGCACCUGCUGCGCGAACUGCCAGACGACCACGACCACUCUGUGGCGGCGCAACGGGAACGGCGACCCGGUGUGCAACGCCUGCGGGCUCUACUACAAACUCCACAACGUCAACAGGCCAAUGACCAUGAAAAAAGAGGGCAUCCAAACACGCAACCGCAAGAUGUCCAGCAAGUCCAAGAGGAGUAAACGAUCCGGAGAAGGUUUCGAAGAGCUCUGCAGGACAAGCAUGCAGGACAAGUCCUCUCCGUUUGGCAGCGCUCUGGCAAGCCACAUGCCACACAUGGGCCACCUGCCACCUUUCAGCCACUCCGGACACAUGCUGCCCACGCCAACUCCCAUCCACCCGUCGUUCAGCCACCCGCACCAUUCCAGCCGGUCUCCCGCAUGGGCCGAACCUCACUGAAGUUCCACCUUCACGUGCAUUCCCUCAGCAGAGGCCUUCGCCGCGGCAAACAUCUCCAUGCACCCCCUCCCUUCAACAUCUAGCACAGGCGAGGGGGUUCAUGUUGGUUUAGUUUCUGGAAGGACUGUAAUGACAGCGACGACCAUGUCGACUUGUAUAGAGGACGAUUUGUAAGGACCUUUCCUUCUUCAGGCUCACUGGACGCUGAGAACACUCACAGAGCAGAGGGAGAGAGAGAGAAAGAGCUUUCUUUGCUUUCAGCUUCUCAUUUUACUGAGUCACUUUGGUACUGUCCUGAAAGAGAGGAUGUGUGUGCAGAAUCACUGUGAGGCAGUUUCAUUGAAGACAGCCGCCUCAGAACUAUAUUUGGCUCUCUUGCAAAGGACUCACAUUGACUCUAAACAUAAGAAAGAGAGAGAGAGACCCCUAACUCUAUCCUCCUAACAUGCUGGAAUACGUGGUUCCCUCUGAGUGGACUCUACGGAUACGACAUACGCAAACAAAUGUUUAUAAAGGUUAAUUGUUAUUAUCGUUAUUGUUAUAAUUGUUAUUAUGAUAAUUUAUUUUCACUCUUUAUCUCUUGUUUUGCUUUCCUCGGAACACAUUGUCAUAUCAUAAACAUUAUUUGAUUGGUAUUGAUGAAAAACACUGACCUAUCCUAGCCAAGGCCAUGUUGCCGAGCUGUACGUUUUUAUCAUUUUCCAUUACACAAAUAAAGGAAAUAAAGUUUUAAUACUUC